UGCUCGGGCGACGUUUUUCAGUUCAAAUUACACCAUUGAUUCCCUUCCUUGUUGUACGCUUGACAGAAAGGCGGGGACGGCCGUCAGCCACCUCUGUCGUUGGACAAGGGAAUAUCUAUUAGACCUGCCAGCGAGGGAAACACAGUAGCGUGCUUGCCAUGCCAAUCUGCAUAACAAAGGCUUGGGGAGAGCGCACUCCGAGGGGCGUUUCUACUACUAGCUCCAGCUGGUCCGGGGCAACAUACGGCGGUGUGUACACCAUGGGCUGGCAGGAUGGGGGCAAGCGGGUCCUUCUGCUAGUGCUCCUAUGGGCUGCCGUCUGUACGGUGUGCGCGGAGGCGGCGAGCACUGCAAGCCGACGCUGCCCCACCUGCUCUUCUUCCUCUCCACCAGAAACAGACGUCCAGGGCAAGGUGGAGAACGCGCUGAGACUGGAGCUUAUCAAGAGGCAGAUUCUCGACAGGUUAGGCCUGGACGCUCGCCCCAACAUUACCAAGGCCGUGCCGCGAAGGGCCAUUCACUCGGCGCUUAGGAGGCUGCACGCCGAAGACCUCAUCACCCAAGUCGCCACUCCUGCUCCCGAAGACCAGGAUUUGGACGGGCAACAACAAGAACAGCACGAAGAAGUGCAAACAGUAGAGAUCAUCAGCUUUGCAGAAGCAGGUAAGAAGAAAGCCACAGAAUAUAUCCAGUUCAAAACGUCGGAGAACAACGCUGAGACGACGGUCGCGUCGCGGGCCGUGACCUGGGUGUUUCUGAAACUGUACGCGGACAAGAUGGCCCUUCGGAAGCCCGUGUCGGUUACAGUGGACCUGGCGCGGGUGAAGUCGGCAGGGCCUGGGCUACAGCAGCUCGACACUGUGGUGAGAAAGACGCUUCUGGUCACAAGGAGCGGUUGGCACUCCUUCAACGUCGCCGCCGCCUUGAGGGACGUCUUGGAGACGGGUGAGAAGAAGGUGACGUUCCGCGUCAGGUGUCACGGCUGCGGCAGCGUGGUGAAACCGAUGCUGCUCAGCGACGUCAGCGUCCUGCGUCGACGUAGAGGUGAGGAGGGCGCCGCCGACGGUAGUAGCCUCCAUCACAAACUACAGGACGUCGAUUUAGACGAGGUGAAGCACCCCCACCACCCCUUCCUGGUCCUCAGAACGCGCUCGAAGCCUGGGAAGAGGAGAAGUAAGAGACAGGCGGACAGAGGAGCGUGCAGAAAGCACUCCCUCUUCGUAAGCUUCGAGCAGCUUGGCUGGGACGAUUGGAUUAUUGCUCCAAUGCCAGGGUACCAGGCGAACUUUUGCGCGGGGGAGUGCCCUUCAGUACAGUACCCCGAGACUACAGCGUCCUUCCAUGCCCUUCUCGGGGACGAGAAACGUUUCGACACCCCCUACGCUACCUACAUCUCUCCAUGCUGCACGCCCACGAAAAUGAGCUCCAUUUCAAUGUUGUAUUUUGACAAAGACAAUAACAUUGUGAAGGCCGACGUCAGAAACAUGGUCGUCGACGAGUGUGGGUGCAAAUAAGUUCCUUUCAAAGGAACAACGGACUCUCAAAAGAGAAUCGUGGACAGAUACGUCGGCAUCCAAAAGGUAUCUGUCCCCCCCUAGUAACCGAUUUUACGCAGCCCUGGCCGGCAUUUGAAAUCCGUUUCUGGAAUGUUGAAUUGGAAUUCAAGCCCGCCAUAGGGAGCCGUUGGCACUUGCGUGGUAUGUAUAUCGCUAUAUUGGCGUAUUGUGUUCUCGCCUCAAAGGCAUGUACAUGUGUGUUUGUUCAAAUGAGAGAGAUUAUGAGAUAUAUUUGUAAACUAUUUGUAAAACUAGCAACCAAAUGAUUGUAUAGUCGCCAGUGAUGAAAUGCUGCAAUUGAUUGAGCUACGAGUCGAGUCAACCGAACCCAACCCUUGAAUUGAAGAUGCGAAGCAGUCUUCUAAGUUCUUUAGACUCGUGUUAUUGUGCUCGGCGACACGCGGUCUAGGUCAUUGACCUUUGUUGACAUUAAGGGAACUGAAUAUUAAGAUUUUUUUUGAAAAGUGGCAAAGUAUCCGUUCCCUUUCGAAGGUUUUAAAAAAUCUUCACCCUGUAGGCAAAGCA